CUUAUUAUAUUUUUUGUGAAUUUCUGCUCAGCUAAAUGCUGGAAAUUUAAAAACCUUAUAAUUUAAAACAUAAUGGGUAAGUUUUUAUCCAAAUUAUUUGGAAGUAAAGAAAUGAGAAUAUUAAUGCUGGGUUUGGAUGCAUCUGGAAAGACAACAAUUUUAUACAAGCUCAAAUUGGGACAAUCCGUCACAACCAUCCCUACCGUUGGAUUCAACGUCGAAACUGUCAAAUACAAAAACGUCAAAUUCAGUGUUUGGGAUGUAGGUGGUCAAGACAAAAUACGGCCCCUAUGGAGGCAUUACUACACCGGAACUCAGGGACUUAUAUUCGUAAUUGACUCAUCGGAUCGGGACCGGAUAGAUGAAGCCCGCCAAGAACUUCAUAGGAUAAUAAACGAUAGAGAAAUGAAAGAGGCCAUUGUGCUAGUUUACGCGAACAAACAAGAUCUCCCUGAUGCCAUGAAACCCAGCGAAAUUCAGGAGAAGUUAGGACUCAAUAGAAUUCGCGAUAAAACCUGGUACAUCCAACCGGCAUGCGCGACCGCGGGUGACGGUUUGUUUGAAGGCCUGACUUGGUUGAUUUCUAACCAAAAAUUAUAAAAUUAAAGCGUUAUUAAUUAUGGCAAUAAUCACGAAUUCGGCUGACUUUUUAAAAAAAAUUGUAGUUAUUGAAUUGAAUCACAUUGCGUUUUUGUCCACAAGUUUAUUAAAAAAAUUUUUAAUGGCUUAUCAAGAAAUAUUUUAAUUGAUCUAAAAAUUUAAUGCCGCUCCACUAUAAACUUGUGUUAGAUUUCCUAUCAACAAUUACCCCACAUUUAUGUCUUUAUGAUCUUUGCAUUGAAUUCUCAUAUCCGGUCUCUCUUUUAACGAAAAUAUUUGAGCAUUUAAUUUUUAGAAAAAUACAAAAAUUCUCAGCAUUAAAAUAUUCAAUUUUUUAUAUAUAUUUGCGCGCAUGGAUUAAAUGCACUAAAUCGAAAUUUGAAUUAUAUUUUAUGAUACUAUAAGUAUUUUAAAGAAACUCAAUAAAUAAAUCAUUUAGUUUAUGCCUUUUAUACUUCAUCAUGUACAAAUUUGGUUUUUUUUAAAAAAUAAUGAUUUUUAUAGAAUACAUCUAAAAUGUAUUAGAUACAUUAUAUAUAUAUUUAGUUU